GGAAAAGUGUGGGACAAACACAACCUAACAUCUUAGAGGGAAGAAAAUUCACGUUUUAGUUAAAAUAUUAUGAAACUGGGGGAAAUUAUUUUGAGCGUCAAUAUAACCGACAUAUAUCGAUGGAUGUCAGACUGUGCUUCUGAGUGUAGCUCGAAAACCGCCAUGCUAACGUAAAUAGCUUGCUAACGCUAACAUCUAGUGGGUUCCGUUCAAAAGACUAAAAACCGAUAAACCCGUUUAAAGUAUUGGCCACAUGAUUCCGAUUUGGAAAAGCUACUCCAACUUAGCCGUGGUGACACGUGUGCUAAAUGAUGACUAUGGAGAUUUUGUUGUGAAGAGAGAGGUCUCAAGCACAGGUCUCACGGUGCAAGAAGCAGAGCAUGAUGACAGGACACAACCAUUUCGAAACCGCAAAGGCAGAGGCUCUCACAAGGGUCGAUCAUUUGACCGAUCUCGAAGAGACCGUCAGAGAGGAGGCCACUCUGGGGGAUUUGGAGGUCCUGGACCACGAUCCAGGCUGGAUGAUACAGAUGUGACAAUGAGUGACAGCUCUCAAGACAGCAGCUCCCAGAGCAGAUUCAAUCCAUAUGUGAGACCACGGGGAGGCCCCGGACGGUUUGACAGAAGCAAGCGACAAGGCAAAUCAGGGGGAGGUGGAGGUGGAGGCGGUGGAGGUGGCAACAGGGCUAGAGGAGGUUUGAGAGCUCAGUCAAACUGGUAUAAAGUAACGAUACCACACGGACGAAAAUACGAUAAGAAAUGGUUGGUGCCAGCUCUUCAGAACAUCUGUUCAGUUCCGUACACACCCAUACAUUACCACUUUGACCACCACAGGGUCCAGUUCUAUGUGGAUGACUCUGCCACUGCCAGUGCUUUACACAGAUGCUCACACAAGAUCACAGACUCAGAUGGUUAUAAGGUGGAAGUACAAGUCAACCCAAGUAAUCCACCAGCCUUCCUGCAGUCUGACCUGAAACCCGAGCACUUGGAACAUCUUAAGCAAUGCAUGGCAAAACGUUUUGAUGGUUCUCAGCAAGCACUGGACUUAAACAACAUUCGAAUGGACCCAGACUUGGUGUCCCAGAACAUUGAUGUCAUCUUGAACAGGAGGACAAUCAUGGAGGCUGUCAUUAAGAUUAUUGAAGAAAACAUUCCUGAGCUGGCAUGUUUGAAUCUAAGCAACAACCGCAUUCACAAACUGGAUGACCUUACUGAUCUGGUCACCAAAGUGCCGAAUCUGAAGUCUCUCAACCUUUCAAACAAUGAGCUGAAGACUGAUCGAGACCUAGAAAAAAUCAAAGGCCUGAAGCUGGUGGAGCUGUGGCUGAACAGGAACCCUCUGUGUGAGCUCUUCAAGGACCAAGCUGCAUACAUCAGUGCAGUACGGCAGAGGUUUCCUCGGCUUCUCAAACUGGAUGGGCACGACCUCCCCCCACCUAUUGGAUUUGAUGUAGAGACCCGCACCGCCAUCCCUCCCUGCAAGGGCAGCUACUUUGGCUCAGAUGAAAUUAAGGGGCUCGUCCUUCAGUUCUUGCAGCAGUACUACAGUAUAUACGACUCUGGAGACAGACAGCCCCUUCUGAAUGCUUAUCAUGAUGGAGCUUCAUUGUCCAUCACCACUCCCUACACCACCCAGAACCCCUCCAGGAACAGUCUGGGAGAGUAUCACAAAGACAGUCGAAACCUGAAGAGGGUCAAAGACUCUACAAUGCGGUUUCGACUACUGAAGCACACUCGACUGAACGUUGUGGCGUUUCUCAACGAGUUUCCAAAAACGCAGCACGACAUUGCCUCCUUUACAGUUGAUGUGAACACUUACACGAACACGCUACUGUCAUUCACUGUGAGUGGCGUUUUUAAAGAAGUUGUUGUAGACGGAAAAUCCAGAGAAUCCACCAUGGCCUUUUUUCGGGUUCUGAUCACAGUUCCUGCAGGGACUUCUGGUUUGUGCAUUGUCAAUGAUCAGCUAUUCGUCCGAAUGGCGACGACAGAGGAGAUUCGCCGUGCGUUUGUAGCUCCAGCACCAACCCCAUCUUCCAGUCCUGUCCCAACACUAACAGCGCCCCAGCAAGAGAUGCUCACGUCCUUCUCCCAGAAGUCGGGCAUGAACCUGGAAUGGUCACAGAAAUGUCUGCUGGACAACGAGUGGGAUUUCAACAGAGCUGCUCAGAUAUUCACACAGUUGAAGGCGGAUGGCAAGAUCCCUGAUGUGGCCUUCAUAAAGUGAAGAAUUCAACCUUUUUUGUGAAAUAAAACCAGCUGUAAUUUUAUUUAUAGCAUGUUUUCUUUUAUUCCUGCCCCUAAUUUUACAGUCACAAUAUUCAGGUUUACUCAUGUUAAAUUUGUUUUAACAGCUAAAAGUCUUCUUUUGAGCUGCUGUCUUUGCUAGUUACACGUCACUCAGUAGUCUUUCUGUAUAGAUGAUAGGAGACGUGUUCAUAGAAUACAUACGUGAUGGGCAAUUGUUUAAAGUUGUUAAUCUGGAAUUUGUUAAAUGUUAAUAAAAUAUUUUUCGGAAAGCA